AUGGACCGCAGAAGCAUGGAGCGCCUCUCUUGCAGUGUGAUUUUGAUCGUGGCCAUUUCCAAAGCGUUUGAACCGGAAUUCGCCGCCGCAGCCGGGUUGGGCCACCCCCGUGAACUUGCACGUCCCCCUCAGGGAGACCCCGCCUGGAGAGAUAACGGCCUUCGGUCCCUGGAGGAGACCGCAAUUCGCCAUCGAUCUUUGCAGUUGGUGCCGUCCCUAGGAAUCCAGGACAGUAAGGAGCUGAACAGAACCUGCUGUCUGAACGGGGGAACCUGCAUGCUGGGGUCCUUCUGUGCCUGCCCCCCAUCCUUCUAUGGCCGGAACUGUGAGCACGAUUCACGCAAAGAGAACUGUGAGUCUGUACCCCAUGGCGCCUGGCUGCCCAGGCGAUGUUCCAUGUGUAAGUGCUGGCACGGCCGGCUUCACUGCUUUCCUCAGACAUUUCUACCUGGGUGUGAUGGCCACGUGAUGGAUGAGCACUUCCUGGUUUCCAGGACUCCAGAAUUAGCACCGUCUUCGGGCAUCACUUUCUCUCUAGCUGGCAUCUGCCUUGCUAUACAAAGUUACCGUUAACAGACACCGGCAUAUGGGGUAUUUCCAUGCAAACCCCAUAACCUGUAAAGGCCGUCACCCUUUAUGUCCUAACUGGAAGAUGAUCAUUUGUUAGUUGCCUUGAAACAGCGGAUGGAUUUUCAUCACGGUCUGUAACACUUUCUUAA